CCUUCCUUGCCGUUUUGCUCGUCAGUUCGGUUACGACCAACUAUAUGUUGGGAAUCCGAGCCGUGGUUUGAAGGUUGAGGGGGGGGCUUAUUGAUGGCGUACGGGCAUGGCUAUGGACUAUGGUGGGCUGCACCGGAGCCCACUUUGCUCUUCCUUCAUAUAGGCGUAAGCCGAUGAUUACUUUCCUCAGUUGUAAGUGGUUCCUCUCCGCCAAUGAAUCCAUAGGUGUGAGGAGUCUUUCAGAGUUAGAGUCUGAGCACUCGGUCCAGGUCGCUAUGAUGGCUGCUCGUAAAGCCGAGCUUGCUCAGAAACAAAAGAGGAAGUCUGCCAAACCUCCUCUCUCAAGCAAAGACGAUGAAGAGCUCCUUCCUACUGACGAUGAUGAAAAGACUUCUGAGGAGGAGUAUGUGGAUAUAGAUAUCGACCAAGAAGAACUUGAUGCAGGUAGGACAGCCGACGACCAUGAGUCGCUCGCUUCCCGUCGUGCGAGAUUCAGGCCUGGUGGCCAAGCUCCUACCCAGGUUGAUACACGUGGCCAGUCCACGCACGAACGACCCGUUGGUUCUAUGAGGGGUGAUAUUCCAAAAAAGAAAAAGAUCGCUCAUAAACCACACGUUGGUCAGCGCUCCUAUGAAGUGGAUUUAGGAGACUUCGCCGACAGGGAGGAAGGUAAUACUUCGUCGUUUUCAUUGCUUUAAGAUGACUUACCUUCUGGGAUUCGUAAUCAUGUUUUAUGU